CAGGAGCAGGCUGAUGCCAGCCGGGCACUGCGGGCAGAGCUGUCCCAGGAGCAGACCAGGCAGCAGGAGCUGCAGGAGAGGAACCAGGGGGCCAGGGAGAGAGGCCCAGCUGGAGUCAGAGAGAAACCAGCUCAGAACCAACCUGGAAGCAGCUCACAGCCAGCUGAGGGAGCGGGAGAGGACUGUGGGGUGCCUGCAGGAGCGUGUGGUAGAGCUGCAGAGCACCACCUAGAGGCUGCAGGAGGAACAGACAGCCUGCCAGGCUCAGCUGCGGCAGUGCAGGAGGGAGCUGGAGAGCAGGGAGGGCCAGAGCCACAGCCAAGAGAUGAGCGUCUUUCAGGAGACGGUGUCCAGGCUGAGGGAGUGUGUUGAGGAGGCUCAGGCCAGCAGCAGGCAGGGGACCAGCAGCAGCACAACACAGCCUCAGAGAGCUGAGACUGGAGCUGGCCUCCACCCAGGCUUCCCAUAAUGAGAGCAUGGAGCUGCUGGCUGAGCAGAGUGGUGAGGCUGCAUGUCUCUGUAGUGAGCUGUCCCGCCUGCAGCAGAGGAGCUCCCAGCUGUCAGAGAAGAGAGGGGGCCAGGAGGAGAGGACCAGGCAGCUGGCUGGAGAGCUCCACAGACUACGCACUGCCAGCAGACAGUCACUGGAUGAGACUCGGUCCUGUGAGGGCAGGCUGGCAGAGCUGAGUGCCCAGCUGGGGAGGUCUCAGCGCUGGGGCCAGGAGCAGCUGGUAGCCCUGGAGGAGGAGGUGGUGCUGAUUUAAGGUGGAGAUGGCUUCUCUCAGGGAGAACUACCAUGUCAAGGUGGCCCAGGUGGAUGCCUUACACUCACUGUGCGAUUCCAUGGAGCACAAGUACAGCACAGCAGCUAAUGAGAUGGAGGUGUUGCGCCAGUCUCUGGGUAACGCUCGUUCAGACAGUUCUCUUCUACACAGGGAGAGUGAGCUGGUGGUAACCAACGUCAACCAGUGGGUGAAGGAGCAGAAGCAAGGCAAUGAAAGACUGAACUUAAAGAUCAAAGACCAGAGCAAAAUUAUCAUCCAUCUCACUGCAGAGAAGGAUCACCUGCAGAAGAGUGUGGAGGGUCUGCAGGAGGAGAUGAAGAGGCUGAAGGCUGAGCUGGAAGAGAGCAGGAUUGAAGCUGAGAAGUUCAGGGCCUCUCAAGCCAGUAUGAGUGGCCAGCGCAGUGCCCUGACCAGGCUUCCCGUCCAGCUGCUCCACACAGACAUCUGUGAGCCUGUUUAUCCCGGCGGACUGAAACGGCACAAAAGGGCACAAAUUAACGAUGCGUCUGGAAUAGCCGAGGAGCCAGUUGUGUACACAAAGCUGGCAGACGCGGUCAACAAGAAGCUUAACAGGGAUUGGGACAUCGUGGAAGGUUUACCAAAAUAAGCAGACUGAAUUUGCAUUUGGUUCGAGGGCUGUUGAUGAACAGAGCCAUCAAGAUUUGGUCCAUCAGUGGGGAGACCCUCCCUGCCCCAGACCAAGAGGAGAGUUCUAGAGAGACUCAGCCGUUUAGAGAACAGAGCCAGUACCAGAGCAGAGACGGAGACAAGCUAGCAGCAGGAGACCUGUUCAGUAGUGUACCGAUCUGCUCUGACUGCGACAGGAGCCUUGAGUGGCCAGAGCGACAAACUGUGGAGGAGGAGCUCUGGCUGCCAACCUGCAUCUGCACUAGCUCCAGACGCAGCCUGUGUCUGCCUGGCAGGGAGGGGGGGCCACGUUUGCUGCUGAGGUGGCCAGAAGAGUGGCCCUUAGGACCCUGGAACGCAGACCCCUGCCAUGUGGCCACCACCGCUGGAGCAGACCCGCUCUCUCAGCUGGGACGGGCCAUGCCCUACACAUCUCAGGGAGGGACACUGGUGGGUGCUAGUAUGAACCAGUGAGAAGGGAAGUACAGGUAGUUAUUAUAACUCAAGAGAAUACAGCACACAAAUAUUUAUGAUUUUGUAGCUUGAUAGAUAUGAAUAAAUGAUUGUAUUAUAUUUAAGAUUAUUUAAUGACAAUACUAAACUUGAAUAAUUUAAUGUCUUUGGUAUUUUCAGUAUAUAUUUUUUCAAAAUCUUAUCUUUGUGGCACAAUAUGUUCUCUUUCCUGUGUUCAACAGAAAAUUUGUUGUGAAUAAGUAGACAAUCAUAAUGUAGGAGUAAUGGUAAGAGAUUAGAAUCUUACCUGUACAGUAUCUGGGUCCUUCCACCAGUUCGGUGCCUUUUUUAGAAGUGUAACUUGUGAUUUCACAAAAUGUUGACAUUCUGUCCUAAAGAGCACAUGUUCAACUUCAUAAAAAACACAUGUUGCCAUUCCAAUAGGUUACAUUUAAAAAAAAAUGACUAUAGUUAGUGCCUAUUAAGUGCCGAAUAAAGUAUCAGGGUUGACCGUAUCAGGGUUGACGAUCUCGUCUUAAAUCAGCCAUUAAUCCUCUCGUGACAGGGGGAAUGGAAGCUUGUGUGCAACAGGAGUGGCAAUUGAAUGCAAGUUUCACAAGAAAAAAAUCGAAUUGCUAAAACAUUUCUAGCCUAUCAAUGGGUAACAGGGUUAUUCGUGUUAUGCUUGACCCGUUAGUUUUCUAUCACAAAGCAGAAAAUGGCCAAACAAGUUUUUACACUAUGAUUUGACUAUUUGAUGUUCAAUGUUUCUUUUGAAAAAUACAUUUUAAAUUAAUAGUUUCACCAUAUUAAAACUAGAGGGUUGACCUUAAAAUGAGGGACAGAUGUAAAUUAAUCACUAAUCAAAUGAAAUAAAUAUAUUCUUCAGAACUGACUUAAAAUACCUAGGGAUUUACAAUGAUGGAGAAAUGUUUGGAUUAAGUGGGUUGAAGUCUUCCUAGAAGUGACACAGGGUUGGCAGAGGGACAUGUCAAAAUGCUGAAUUUAGCAAGCCUUUAUUCAUAUUAAAAAUCGGAUUCAUUGAAUUCUCCAUGUGGUCUAUAUUAAAGGGCACUUCAUUGAAUAGAACAGGCUUUUAAAAUCAAUAUUGGUGCACAACUCUUCGUGGAACAACCCAUCUGACGAAUAUUUGUAUCUAUCCAUUCAGGGUUUUGAGUUACAUUUACAUUUUUAUAGAAACCUAGAAAGAAUUAGAAAAAAGUGUCCAGCCUUUUAUUGUGGUAUGAGAAAUAGUCCUGCUUAUUUCUGAGGUUGUCAAAUGAUGAGUUGAUGUCUAGAUCAAAGUCCUAAAAAUGUAUUGGGGGGGGAUUUCAUGUUUUCAGUCACCUAGAGCAAUACAUCCUUGAGUUCAUGUAAAUCCUAAUGAAUUGUGUACUCAGAAGUCUUUGUGGCCAAAUAAAAGUCUGGUUAUGGGUUUA